UAGCCGGGUGGAUGAGAGUAGGCGACGAUGAGAUGAUUCUCUGGUGAACGUGGUACAGUUAAGCAAUUCAUAAUGCGGAUCGGCCUCGUAUAGAAGAAACGUUUUCUGACGUGAUUGCGUUUUUUUAUUGUCAAUUUUAUCCUUUGCUUUAACUGGCGGUUAGAAGAACAGUAUCUUUACAGUAGCGUCUCUUCACGCGCAUCCUCGUUACUUGUUCUCCAGACAGACUCGACUUCCUCACUGAGCAGAAAUGUAUCGCUUGCAGUCGCUGGCAGCUCGAUCACUGAUCGCCGGAGCUCUCGAUCUCUGUACCCCCUUAACACUGACUUCUCUUACUGGGGUGCGACACAAAUCUCAAGGUCCGUCCGUGGAGAAGUGCGGCCAGAUGCGCUUCAUCACCGCCGAGGCUAAAGCGUCUGCUGGGCGCCUCGACGGGAAGAUGCGGGAGAAGACCCUGACUAUGGACACACUGAACCCGCAGGUGAAGGCUGUGGAGUACGCCGUGAGAGGACCCAUCGUCCUCAAAGCCGGAGAGAUCGAGAGAUACUUGGAGGAGGGUGGUACGAAACCCUUCUCUGAAGUCAUCAAAGCCAACAUCGGUGAUGCACAUGCCAUGGGACAACAGCCAAUCACCUUCCUCAGACAGGUGGUGGCUCUCUGUACAUUCCCUGAGCUGAUGGACAGCCCCAGUUUCCCAGAGGAUGCGAAAUGGAGAGCACGGCGUAUCCUGCAGGGCUGCGGAGGACACAGUCUCGGGUCAUAUAGUGCAAGCCCCGGCGUGGAGUGCAUCCGCAAAGACAUCGCUGCGUACAUAGAGCAAAGAGAUGAAGGAGUGCCUUCAGACUGGGAAAACAUUUACCUCACCACUGGGGCUAGUGAUGGCAUUAUGACUAUUCUGCGGCUACUGGUGUCUGGGAAAGAUUCUUCUCGGACCGGUGUAAUGAUCCCCAUCCCUCAAUACCCGCUUUACUCCGCUGCAAUCUCCGAGAUGGAUGCGGUACAGGUCAACUACUACUUAGAUGAGGACAACUGCUGGGCCCUGGACAUCAAUGAACUUCACAGAGCCUAUCAGGCUGCCAAACAGCACUGUCAGCCAAGAGUCAUUUGCAUCAUAAACCCUGGCAACCCUACUGGUCAGGUCCAGAGUAAAAAAUGCAUUGAAGAAGUCUUGCACUUUGCAUAUGAAGAGAAUCUCUUUGUUAUGUCAGAUGAGGUGUAUCAGGACAAUGUGUACGCUCCUGACUGUCAGUUCCACUCCUUCAAGAAGGUGCUUUAUGAGAUGGGUCCCGAGUACUUCAGCAGUGUGGAGCUCGUCUCCUUCCAUUCCACUUCCAAAGGCUACACGGGAGAGUGUGGCUUCAGGGGAGGAUAUAUGGAGGUGAUCAACAUGGAUCCUGAGGUCAAGGCCCAGCUGGUCAAGCUUUUAUCAGUUCGCCUGUGUCCCCCCUUGGCUGGCCAGGCUGCAAUGGAUGUGAUUGUCAACCCUCCUCAACCAGAAGAGCACACGUUCAAACAGUUCCACCAGGAGAAAUCAUCAGUUCUGGGUGCUUUAGCAGAAAAAGCCAAACUAACUGAGCAGAUCCUGAAUUCAGUUCCAGGAAUCAAGUGUAAUCCUGUCCAGGGGUCCAUGUACGCCUUCCCUCGAAUCUUUAUCCCUCCUAAGGCAGUGGAGGAAGCCAAGGCUCUAGGAAUGCAGCCUGACAUGCUUUACUGCCUGAGGUUGCUGGAGGAGACAGGAAUCUGCGUUGUUCCCGGGAGUGGCUUUGGGCAGAAAGAUAGAACGUAUCAUUUCAGAAUGACAAUCCUGCCAUCCAUAGAAAAGCUGAAUGUACUUCUUGGCAAAGUGCGAGAUUUCCACAUCAGUUUUCUGAAAGAGUACUCCGGUCUGGAGUGGGAUGAAAUCUGACCUGAUUUGCAAAACAUAAGCUGGCGAGUCCAGCGUUACUUAACACACUAACUACUCAUUUAAACUGUAAAGGUAGUGUUAAGUAUUUUUUUUAAUUCUAAUUUUAGACAAUGAUUUAAUGAAAAUGGCUUUUGGUUGAGUUUUACGGAAAUAUUAGCGAUUUAGUCAGAUAUCUAACACUACUCUUGAAUAUUUCAGUUAUUUCUCACGGUUCAUUCGAGAAAAUUGGACACGUUGUCAUUUUUCUUAUGUUAUAUUUCUCUUUAAAUCAUCAUAUCUGCAGUAGGGUGCAUGGUAAAUAGACACCCUCUAUCAUGAGACAUGAGAUUCAGUUACAAACGUUAUUUAUUAACAACUCUCCAAACCAGUAACUAAAUUGUGAAGAUUGAUGCGUCACUCACUUGAAAAUAACUCACUUGAAAUUCCUUUGUAGCACCUUAUAUGAACUAUUCAAAACCAUUUUGGCUGAUGCAAAUAUAUAUAAAAAUAGUUUUCACUUUGGUGGCUGUGACGAACACUUGUUAUGGUUCUGGAAUGUUUACAAGGAGGGACUCUUUUAAUGUUUAUCUUGUCCUCAUCCUUGGUUGCACUCAUUGCCAUGCAAUGUACAGAAACAUUUUAUCUUUCAAAAUGACAAGCUUAGUCACAAGUUAAGCUUCUGUGGAAGAUUGUGGCUAAGGCGAUGAUUUGUGUUUUGUUUCCAAGGCCAGUUGAAGAUGUGGAAUGAAGGAAGCAUGUGUGGAGAAAGUGCUGGCUUGUAAAUGUUUACUGAUGUAUUUUAUUUCCUCUGGUUUUAUGCUGCAAGUUAUUUUGAACUAUUAAGCAAUGCUUUUUGAAUCAGUUCUGGGGCCUGUACCAUGAAGCUAGCUGAACAAACUCUGGGUUACAGGAUUGGUUUCAAGUUCAGAAAACCAAACCAGUCCAAUCAGGCUUUAUUGAUACCAUGAUGCUGAUUAUCAACUUCCUCUGUCAGCUCAGACCUUCCUCCUGAAUUCAUGCAUAACUGUAAACGUGCACAUGAAAUUGUGACCUCAGAAGCAAACAGCCAGUUGCACGCUGUGAAACUGAGAUUCACUUUAAGCAGGAAUCAGUGUGAUUCACUGCUCUCUUCUGCCAAAGAUUGGGAGAAAAUUAUGAAUAAAAUAUUAAAUCAGCGCUAUGUAACUUUUUCUGUGU